AGACGAAGUUAAAAUUUCUCUUCAGAUCCACAGUCAACUGCCCUGAAUAUCUCUCUCAAGACACCCAGAGGAAGGAAAGCUAUGGAGUACUACAGGAAAUACGCGGCUGCUGUUCUGGCCACCUUGGCUGUAUUCCUGCAUAUCCUCCACUCCCUUCCUGAUGGAGAGUUUAUGAUGCAAGGUUGCCCAGAAUGUAAACUGAAGGAAAACAAAUACUUCUCCAAGCUGGGAGCCCCCAUCUAUCAGUGUAUGGGCUGCUGCUUCUCCAGGGCGUACCCCACACCUGCAAGGUCCAAGAAGACAAUGCUUGUUCCUAAGAAUAUCACUUCAGAGGCCACAUGCUGUGUGGCCAAAGCAUUUACCAAGGCCACAGUGAUGGGAAACACCAGGGUGGAGAACCACACUGAGUGUCACUGCAGCACUUGCUAUUACCACAAGUCUUAACUCUUGGGAAAGGCGGUGUUGAUGAAGACUAGUUCUUCGGAAUGGCACCGUAUGAUGCAACUGCCUCUUCCUUAG